UGCAGACCAAGAUGCAAUUUCAACAAAGCUCGAGUGGACUAUUAUUAAUAUUCAGUUUGUUCUUGAUAACCCUUAAAAAUGGUUCCAAAGCUGCAUCAACACAAUGCAAGUCCACUGAAAUACUAUCCGAAAAUGGCUGCGUGGAUCGAGAAUACUUCCUGAACCGGAUCAUUUUGCGAUCCUGGAAGGAUCAGGGCUUCGAGAAGGCAAAGGCGAGAGCUGGCCUGGUGGAUGAAAUGAAGUGCAAGGAGCACGAGAUCCGGACGCCCUUUGGCUGCUCAAAGCCACCAUUUCCGCCGCGCAGGGAAACGGCGAGGUCGGAAGUGCACCACAGUAUGUUGAAUGGCGAGCAUGUGGUGUUCUCCAAUUUCGGCGAGGCACGAGGCGUCUACAAGGAACCGGAUAAGACCGCUAAGGAGAAGAGGGCUCCCUACUCAGGACCCCCUAUUUCAGCCCACAAUCGUCCACGUAAGAACUAUAUCUUGCCGGGCAGGUUGCUUCGAACCUACCGCAAGUGUCGACCAUAUGAGUCCCUCGGAGCAGAUGGACAAUGCCAUCGAAAGAAGGGAAAAACUGGUAACUACGAGCACAGGAAUCACGUAUACGGACUGCAAUUGAGACACCGCCAUGAAGGAAAGGAACCUAGCUAGUUCUUUCAGUUUUGAAAAUAAAAAUAAUCUUUAUAAAUGCCUAUAUCAA